UACUUCCGGGUCCCGCCGCCUGCCGGGAAGGAGGCGGAGCGGCGCGGCGGUUUCCGGCGGCUGAGGGGAGCGGAGCGGCAGCCGCCGCCAUGUCGACAUCCUUGGGCUCUAACACCUACAACCGGCAGAACUGGGAGGACGCGGAUUUCCCUAUUCUGUGCCAGACAUGCCUUGGAGAAAACCCCUAUAUUCGAAUGACCAAAGAAAAAUAUGGAAAAGAGUGCAAGAUUUGUGCCAGGCCUUUCACGGUGUUUCGCUGGUGCCCCGGUGUUCGGAUGCGUUUCAAGAAAACAGAAGUGUGUCAGACGUGCAGCAAGCUGAAGAACGUCUGUCAAACCUGUCUGCUUGACCUGGAAUAUGGUUUGCCUAUUCAGGUCCGGGAUGCAGGACUCUCCCUUAAGGAUGAAAUGCCCAAGUCUGAUGUCAAUAAAGAGUAUUACACCCAGAACAUGGAGCGAGAGAUAUCCAAUUCUGAUGGCACCAGACCAGUUGGUGCACUGGGAAAAGCUACUUCUACCAGUGACAUGCUGCUGAAGCUGGCUCGGACCACUCCUUACUAUAAACGUAACCGUCCUCACAUCUGUUCCUUUUGGGUGAAAGGAGAAUGUAAGAGAGGAGAAGAGUGUCCCUACAGACACGAGAAACCUACAGAUCCAGACGAUCCGCUGGCUGAUCAGAACAUCAAGGAUCGUUACUAUGGAAUUAACGAUCCCGUGGCUGAUAAACUCCUGAAGAGAGCCUCAACCAUGCCUCGUCUAGACCCCCCCGAUGACAAGACUAUUACUACACUCUAUGUUGGAGGGCUUGGAGAUACUAUCACUGAAUCGGAUCUCAGAAAUCACUUCUACCAGUUUGGGGAGAUUCGGACAAUAACUGUAGUGCAGAGGCAACAGUGUGCUUUCAUCCAGUUUGCCACCCGGCAAGCUGCAGAAGUGGCUGCUGAGAAAUCCUUCAACAAACUCAUUGUCAAUGGUCGCAGGCUCAACGUCAAAUGGGGAAGGUCCCAGGCAGCAAGAGGAAAAGAAAAAGACAAGGAAGGUACUACAGAAUCCGGAAUAAAGCUGGAGCCAGUUCCAGGACUUCCUGGAGCUCUCCCCCCUCCUCCAGCUGCAGAAGAGGAGGCUUCUGCAAAUUACUUCAACCUACCUCCAAGUGGCCCUCCAGCCGUGGUUAACAUUGCCUUGCCACCUCCUCCUGGCAUUGCUCCACCACCACCUCCAGGUUUCGGACCACACAUGUUCCACGCCAUGGGGCCCCCGCCUCCCUUCAUGAGAGCCCCAGGCCCCAUUCACUACCCCUCUCAAGAUCCCCAGAGGAUGGGUGCCCACGCGGGGAAGCACAGCAGCCCCUAGCACGUCCUGCUGCCACCCUCAUCGUUUCAUUACAAGUGAUUUUUCUAGUUACCAUGGUAGCGCCAUACGUUGAGCUGUGGGUGAGCUAGAGAAGCCUUAUUUCCCUGCUUGCAGGCACGGGGCAGGCUGAGCUCCGUGUCUCCGCUCGCCGAUCGGGUCCUUGAUACAUCCCAGGUCUUUCAUGUAGUGUUGAAGGGGCAUGAGGGGGGGACGGGGGGGGCAGAGAGAAGGGCUGUUGGGGGGGGUCUCUGGAUCAGGUGUACCAGAAUUACAGUGCUCGCCGUGUAUCCCCUUUGCACACUUUUAAAAUAAACUUCUGGAAAAACAAAACCAAA